CUUCAUGGUUAUGCCAUCUGGUCGCCCUGAGAGAAAGGGAAGCAUUCCCCCCUUUUUUGUCCAGUUCUCAUUUGAAUAUUUCCCUCUCUGCAAAUGCCUGGCAUCUUUUCCCAUGUGCUUUUGUUGCCUUAGAGUCAAGAUCGUAUUCCGUGUUACUUAGUCCGCAGGAACUGCCUCACCUCAUUGUGGUAGUCUCAGUCCCUGAAAAAUUAGAGGCGGCUGGAAUUCCUAGUGCUGCCAUGAGAUGCGUCUUCACUGGACUUGUGGUGCUUGCCCUGGCUUCUCAGGUGCUUGAAGCUACAUUGUCAAAGACAGACAGCAAGAAAGCCACUUCAAAAACAAAGGAGGAAAAGACUCACCAUUCAGAAAAAACGGUGCAAGAUCGUGGUCUGGUAGUUACUGAUUUGAAGGCGAAGGAUAUUGUCCUGGAACACAAAAGCUACUGUGCUAAAAAAGCACAGGAGAACUACUUCUCAGGAGAUGUUCUAGGCUACAUUACACCUUGGAACAGCCAUGGCUAUGACAUUGCAAAAAGCUUUGGAAACAAAUUCACCAUGAUAUCACCAGUCUGGCUUCAGGUGAAGAGAAGGGGCAAGGAGAGAUUUCAAUUGACAGGGCUCCAUGAUGUUGACCAAGGCUGGAUGAAGGAAGUCAAGAAGAAUGCCAAAAACAUCAAAAUAGUACCAAGAAUUUUGUUUGAAGGCUGGAGUUACCAGGACUUUGAGAGUGUGUUUAAUAGUGAAGAUGAGAUAGAAGAACUUACAAAUAAUAUGGUUCAAGUAGCCAAGAGUGAGAAUUUUGAUGGGUUUGUGGCUGAAGUUUGGAGUCAGCUAGGAAAUCAAAAGCAAACGGGCCUGAUUCACUUGCUCACUCACCUCUCAGAAGCUUUGCGUCAGGCACGACUUAAGCUAAUACUUGUCAUCCCUCCUGCUGUCAUGCCAGGAUCUAAUCAGUUGGGAACAUUCACAAAGAAAGAAUUUGAUCUCCUAGCACCAGUUGUGGACAGUUUCAGCCUCAUGACGUAUGACUAUUCAACACCACAGCGGCCUGGCCCUAAUUCUCCAUUACCUUGGAUGCAAGCAUGUGUUCAGAUGCUGGAUCCAGAAUCUAAAUGGAGAAAUAAAAUUCUUCUGGGACUGAACUUUUAUGGCAUGGACUACUCUGCACUGAGUGCUUCUGGGGAACCAAUAUUUGGUAACAGGUAUAUAGACAUCUUGAAGGAACAUAAGCCUAAACUGGUUUGGGAUGAACAAAUAGCUGAACAUUAUUUUGAAUACAAAAAAAAUAAAGGAGGCAAGCAUGCAGUCUUCUACCCAAGCUUAAAGUCUAUCCAGCUGCGGUUAGAGCUUGCAAAGGAACUAGGCACAGGAAUAGCCAUCUGGGAGCUGGGUCAAGGCUUGGAUUAUUUUUAUGACUUGCUUUAAAAUAAUACGUGUUCUUUUCUUUGUUGACAUUUUAUCCUGAAUAGACUGGAAAUGGGGCGGGAGUUGCAGUCAGAAAAAAUUAUUUACUGAGAAUGUAAUUUAUAUGGAAUCAGUUUCAAAUUUUCCCAAUAAAGACUCUUGUUUUAUUA